GGGAGCGCAGGGAGCGGAGAGGAGAGAGAGAGAGAGAGAGAGAGAGAGAGAGGAGGGGGGAAAAGAGCGAGAAAAUCCUCCGACGCCCCCUCCCCCUCCCUAAAAAAAAAAAAAAAAAAAAAAAAAAAUUAGCGAGAGCGCGAGCGAGAGGAGGGGGGAUCGCGGCGAAAAAUAAAUAAAAUAAAGAAAACGGCAGGAGCGGCUCCAGCCGGCGGCAGCAGGGCAGCGGCGGCGGCGGCAGCCGAGGCGGAGGCAGGCGGCAGGCACGGUCCCCUCGCUCCCCGCUCGCCCCCGGCGCCCGGCCGCCCGCCUCCCCCCCGCCCCCCGCCUCUCUCCCCCGGCAGCCCGCAGCGAGACGCGCCGCUCCCCAGCACUUUUUUGGGCCCGAGAUAUGGCAAUGGUAGUUAGCAGCUGGCGAGAUCCGCAGGAAGACGUGGCCGGGGGCACCCCGAGCGGCCCCAACCCCGCAGCGCAGCCUGCCCGGGAGCAGCCGCCCCAGCAGCAGGGGGGCUCGGCCGCCCCGCACACCCCGCAGACCCCCAGCCAGCCGGGACCCCCCCCUUCCACGCCGGGCACGGCCGGAGACAAGGGCCCGGGGCAGCAGGGCUCGGGGCAGAGCCAGCAGCAUAUCGAGUGUGUGGUGUGCGGGGACAAGUCCAGCGGCAAGCACUACGGCCAAUUCACCUGCGAGGGCUGCAAAAGUUUCUUCAAGAGGAGCGUCCGCAGGAACUUAACUUACACAUGCCGUGCCAACAGGAACUGUCCCAUCGACCAGCACCACCGCAACCAGUGCCAGUACUGCCGCCUCAAGAAGUGCCUCAAAGUGGGCAUGAGGCGGGAAGCGGUUCAGCGAGGAAGAAUGCCGCCCACCCAGCCCAAUCCCGGCCAGUACGCCCUGACCAACGGGGACCCCCUGAACGGGCACUGCUAUCUCUCGGGAUACAUCUCCCUGCUGCUGCGGGCCGAGCCCUACCCCACCUCCCGCUACGGCAGCCAGUGCAUGCAGCCCAACAACAUCAUGGGCAUCGAGAACAUCUGCGAGCUGGCCGCCCGCCUGCUCUUCAGCGCCGUCGAGUGGGCCCGCAACAUCCCCUUCUUCCCCGACCUGCAGAUCACCGACCAGGUGGCCCUGCUGCGGCUUACCUGGAGCGAGCUCUUCGUGCUGAACGCGGCUCAGUGCUCCAUGCCGCUGCACGUGGCCCCGCUGCUGGCCGCCGCCGGCCUCCACGCCUCCCCCAUGUCGGCCGACCGCGUCGUCGCCUUCAUGGACCACAUCCGCAUCUUCCAGGAGCAGGUGGAGAAGCUGAAGGCGCUGCACGUCGACUCGGCCGAGUACAGCUGCCUCAAAGCCAUCGUCCUCUUCACCUCAGACGCCUGCGGGCUGUCGGAUGCGGCGCACAUCGAGAGCCUGCAGGAGAAAUCGCAGUGCGCGCUGGAGGAGUACGUACGGAGCCAGUACCCCAACCAACCCAGCCGCUUCGGCAAGCUGCUGCUGCGGCUGCCCUCCCUGCGCACCGUUUCCUCCUCCGUCAUCGAGCAGCUCUUCUUCGUCCGCUUGGUAGGUAAAACCCCCAUCGAGACCCUCAUCAGGGAUAUGCUACUGUCGGGGAGCAGCUUCAACUGGCCUUACAUGUCCAUCCAGUGCUCCUAGAGCCCGGCCGCAGCCCGGCGGGGACGCUGCGCGGCGGCGGAGGCGGGGGCGCGCGCACCGAGGGGCGGUCGGGGCGCGGGGGGGGCCCGGGAGGCGGACACUGAACAAAAGAACGGCGCAAGUGGGAGCAGAGGUGUGGCCGCGUUGGGGAGAGGGACGGACCUCGCGUCCGUGCGGGUCGUGGUGUUGCGGUUGGUCUUCGGUUUGGUUGGGUUCCGGUUAUUAUUAUUAUUUUUUUUUAUAUAUAUAUUUUUUUCCGUUUUUUUUUUUUCUUUCGGAGAGGAGGAAAAAAAAAAGAUAAUAAUAAUAAUAAAAGACAAAAAGGCAAAAAAAAAUUAAAAAAAUACAAAAAAUUAAAAAUAUGAGUAUUGAGGGGAUAUUAAUCACACCUGAAGGGGAUACUGGAGCUUCCAGGAUUUAUUGUGGACUGUUGUUGAUAUAUGCUGUACAGUAACAAACAAAACAAAUCGCGUUGAAGCCGAACUGAACCUUGUUUAGAAGGAGCAACAAACCAACGAGCGAACAAACCGACAAACAAUUCCACGCGCAAACACUUACCACGAGCAUUGUUACUCAUUUUGUAAAAUAUUAGUCUUUAUUUUCAUUUUUUGUAAAACUUAAGACAUCGUAUGCGCAGAAAGAAAGAAAGAAAGAAAGAAAGAAAGAAAGAAAGAAAGAAAGAAAGAAAGAAAGAAAGAAAGAAAGAAAGAAAGAAACAAGAAUUAGGGGAAAAUAACAUUUUCCAAAUAAUUAUAAAAAAAAAAUUGUCCUGUGUCUAUGUAUCUAUAUCUGUUUUGUAUUUUUUUCUGGUUCCAAACCAGGUUUCCUGUGAUUCUAUACUAAUAAUUUUUGAUAUAACCCUUUGCUUCUUAUAAUGAGUGCGAUAUAUGUUGUCGAAGCUGUUCUUCAAGAAUUAAAAUUGAAGUGAGAAUUUAAACAAAAAUAAAAGAAUUUAGCAAAAAAAAAAAAAAAAAGAAAAAAGAGAAAAAAAAAAAAAAAAACACCAACUACUUAUCACCCCACAACCCACGAGUCUUGUUGCUUGAAACAUGCCAACAGUUCAUCAAAAAGAGAGAAAAAAAAAAUGAUAAUAAUAACCAAAACCACUAGAGCUGCCUGGACCUUUAUCUCCUGUGUCGGCCCUACAGGAGAGGAUCGAGGCCCACGCACGUGUCCAGUGUGGGACAGCCCGGCCGGAGCACAACACCGCGCUGCCUCCUGCGGGACCGCGGGAUGGGGCGCAAAGUGGCCGCGGCUGCUGCACCAGUCGCACAGACACGGUCCCUUUUCGUCUUUUUUUUAAUAUUGUUUUUUAUAUUGCUGCUUUUAUGUCUUUUUUUUUUUUCUUCUUUUUCUCCCCUUCCC